AUGAACGAAUAUGAAUUCUUUUUUUCCUCUCGAAGAUGAUUGCUAUAAGAAAAAAAAAAAAACUACUAUUUUAGAUUUGCUAGCGUAAUUUUUCUUGAAAAUUGAGGAGAAUUUAUUUUAUAUAAAUAAAUAAAUUUACCUGUCAUCUAUUAUCUUUAGAUAUCAUUUUCAUUCUCCCCCACUCUCCCAGACCCCCCAUAGUUUUACUUUCUCUUUCCCGUUUCCCCAACCUAAAACCCUAGAUUCCGUCAUUCCAACUCUAAUUUCUUCCACACAAACUUGCGUAACUCUCACCUCCGCCCCGAAAUCAAGUGGAAUCUCUAUGGCUGAGGUUGAACAGAACGCAGUUGAAUUUGAGACACAGGAGAUAGUUGAGGCGGAACAAGAUGAAACGCAGGUUGAGGUUCCGGCUGUCGAGGUGCCCGUUGUUGUUGAGCCGGAGAAGAAAUGGCCAGGGUGGCCCGGUGAGAGUGUGUUUAGAAUGUUGGUUCCUGCUCAGAAAGUUGGAGGUAUAAUUGGACGUAAAGGAGAGUUUAUUAAAAAAAUUGUGGAAGAGACGCGUGCUCGUGUUAAAAUUCUUGAUGGUCCUCCUGGAACUUCAGAAAGGGCUGUAAUGGUAUCGGGUAAAGAUGAGCCCGGUUCUUCUCUUCCACCUGCUGUGGAUGGCUUAUUGAGGGUUCAUAAACGGUUAAUUGAUGGGUUAGAAGGUGAUUUAGUCCAUGCCCCUUCAGGUGUGGCCGGUAAGGUUUCUACAAAAUUUCUAGUGCCAGCCUCACAAGCAGGAAGUUUAAUUGGGAAGCAAGGAGGAACUGUCAAAUCUAUCCAAGAAGCAUCAAAUUGUAUAGUUAGAGUUCUUGGAGCAGAAGACUUGCCUGCGUUUGCCCUUCAAGAUGACAGGGUGGUUGAAGUAGUAGGGGAUUCUACUGGAGUGCACAAGGCAGUAGAGAUGAUUGCAUCCCACCUUAAGAAAUUUUUAGUUGAUCGCAGUAUAAUUCCAAUUUUUGAAAUGAAUAUGCAAAUGGCUAAUCCCCAUCAUGUGGAGCACAUGCCCCAUCACGUGGAGCACAUGCCACCACCCCACCAAUCAUGGGGCCCACCUCAGGGUCUCCCACCAAAUGCUGGUGGAGGUCCUGGUUUUGUACCUACUCCUCAAUUCAUGCCACCUCCGCGACAAGUUGAUAAUUAUUAUCCACCAGCUGAAAUGCCUCCUCCAUUGGACAAACAGCCCCAUCACGGUAUAUCCGCCUAUGGAAGAGAUGCUUCAAUUGGUGUUCAUGCAUCUUCAAAUACCCAGUCUGCACCUUCCAUGGUCACACAGAUCACACAGCAAAUCCAAGUUCCUCUAUCUUAUGCCGAUGCUGUUAUUGGAACAGCUGGAACAAAUAUAAGCUACAUCAGAAGAGCUAGUGGAGCCACUGUUACCAUACAAGAAACAAGAGGAGUUCCUGGGGAGAUGACAGUUGAAAUAAGUGGCACUGCUUCUCAAGUCCAAACAGCACAGCAACUGAUACAGAAUUUUAUGGCCGAAGCUGCAGCACCAGCGCAGCCACAAACAGGUGGGCCCACCGCAGACCAAGGAUACAAUUCUUACCCUGCUCACAGUUCUGUAUAUGCAUCUCCGCCUGCCAAUCCAGGACAUGCUGGAGGCUAUGGUUCAGUUUAUGGUGCAAACUAUGGGUAUUAAUGAUGAAGCAGUAGAACUAAAGCUGCCAUUAUUGAAAUGUAGAAUGUUGGGAACAGAUUUAAUGUAAUGAUUUAACAACUAUUAGAUAUUGCGCUACAUAAUUUGUUUCUAAAUUAUAAAAAAAAUGUUAUUUUUUCUGACACUAGUGUUGUGUUUCUUUUAGCUGUCAUUUGGAAAGGUCAAACAAACUAUGCAUGUCAUUCUAAUGUAUAUUAUUAAGUUUGUUCUGUAAGACUUACAAA